UGGUGCUGUCUCCGCAGCCCAUAGAUACUCAUGGCUACGUCGUUGUGUGGCCUGGGUGCUUGGCCCGGAUCCUUGAGGCCCUGGGUCUUAACCUGUCUUGUGAUGCUGAUGUUGCUGCCUCCGCCUUCAAAUUCAGGUGAUAAAGAGAACCGCAUCCAACCAGUUUGUGGCAAGCCCUGGUGGCCAGACAGUUUGAAGGAGAUCCACCAUUGGCCCUGGGAAGUGAGCGUUCGCAUAGAAAAUGAACACGUGUGUGGAGGGGCCCUCAUUGAUUUCAGUUGGGUGAUCUCUGCAGCUCACUGCAUCCAGGGCAACAAGGAAUACUCAGUGAUGCUGGGUAGCAGCAAGCUGCAGCCCAAAGCCUCUUCCUGGGCCCGGAAGAUUCGUGUGGGUGACAUCGUUUUACACCCCAAGUACUGGGGCCGGAACUUCUUCAGAAACGAUAUUGCCCUUCUCCAUCUGGAUAUUCCUGUCACCUACAACAAGUAUGUGCAGCCCAUCUGUCUCCCAGAGUACAACUUCAACUUGAAGGUUGGGACUCAGUGCUGGGUGACUGGCUGGGGCCAGAGUAAGAAGCACUCCCCGGACAACUUGACACAGACUCCAGAGCUUUGGGAGGCAGAGGUGUUCAUUAUAGACAACAGAAGGUGUGACCGUGAUUUCCACGAGAAGUCUUUCUAUCCACGAGUCAUCCCCCUUGUCCGGAAGAGCAUGAUCUGUGCCACUAAUUACGGAGUGGACCUGUGCUACGAGGAUCCCGGGGGGCCAUUGGCUUGUGAAGUUGAUGGAAGAUGGAUUCUGGCUGGGGUGUUAUCACGGAAGAAGCCCUGCAUCAAAGCUCAGAAUCCAGGCGUAUACACUCGCCUCACCAGAUAUACCAGAUGGAUCCAGGAGCAAAGGAACCACGGGGCACUGCCAGGGCCCUGCAGGGCCCCCUACCCCCUACUCCUGUUCUGGCUGCCGCAGCUCCUUCUCCUGAUUUGCCUCUCCUGAAUGGCAUUAGGUAGAUGAUUGAUCAAGGUUGCAUGUCCAUAUUCCACAGAAGUCAGGGCAGGAACGGAGUGGUCCCUGGAGAGCUUGGGUCCUCGGGGAGGGGUGUGGUGGAUGACUAGGCCUUGAGUGGCCAGAAGAAGGGGACUGUGGCUUGGAAGCAACAUUCUGGAAUUUAAGACAAGAACAGAGAUUAAAUAUGUGUGAGCAUGA